CUAGCAGCAUUCUUUGAUGCUCUCGCCGUUUGGUUGCUACACAUGCCCCCCUAUUCAAGUACUUCACAGGGCAAAGAUCCUAAAUCCAAGGCUCUAUGUUUCCUAAAUUCUUGCUCCAGCCAUCUUUCUUCCGAACCAAACAGCGAAGCGUGAGGUCCAGAGUGCCAUCUUCGGAAGAAGGAUCCGGACGAUUUCUGAAGCCAAGUGACGCCGGUUAUCUGGAGGGCCAUGUCUCAUGCAUCCGCUGUUCACAGUGUGCAGCAGAUAUAUGCCUGACGUCGCAGAUAAUCAGCAAAGGAUUCACCGGUCGCUAUGGCCGUGCCUAUCUUGUGUCCGGCGAGCCUACGCUCGCUAGAGGACCUUCACCAACCGAUACACUUCUAAAUACGAUGAUACAGCAGCCCGUGCCGCGGAGACUGGUCACUGGUGCGCACACAGUAGGCGACAUCAACUGUUCCAUUUGCGGAAAUGUGCUCGGCUGGAAAUAUAUCGCUGCUGAAGAGGAGUCGCAACGUUACAAGGUCGGCAAGUUCAUUUUGGAGACCGAAAGGGUUAUGACAUCUUCUUUUUGGGAAUCUCCCGCCUUUGUUGAAACAGCAUUACUCCCGGCGUAUACCAGCUCUACCGAGGUUGGACAUGACCAACCUUCGAACAGUAUAGAAUUUGAUAGCCAGAACGAAGAUGAAUGCGAGGACUUAUUCUCUGGGAUCUGGACCCCUGGGUUGGCUGUACGCCGAAGAAAUCGCAAACUGCCUGAACGCCGGUCUUCUCUAUUCGGAAUCACAGCCCUAUGAUAAUGAGUUAUGCUCUUGCGCCUAAUGAAGCUUCAUGAGAAUCUCCAUGUUUGAUGAAAUGAAGUAUGACCCAACAGCCCCACAGUUUCAGAC